AUGGCAGAUACCAUCCGUGUGUCAACUAUUCUCCUUCUUCAGAGAUGCUCAAAGUCCCGCUGCGAUGAUUUGGAUUUAUCUCUGCUGAAGGUUUCAACACGUGGAGAUGGAGAAGGUUGCAUUUCGGGAUGCAAUGAUAGCGAGUCUGAGGUUUACCGGAAGUUAGACGAUCUUAGGCAAUAUGUCGAUUUCCUCUUCGCUCAGUCGAAUUCGCUAUAUAAUGCGUUCCUUCGAUGUACGGGCCAUCCAAUAUUCCAGCGAACCGACCUCAGCUACGCAGAAGAUGCCAUUCUGCCUAUCACAUUCGAUAGCCGUGAAGACGCAAUUGCCUGCGCGAUGUAUGCUUUGGUACAGGUCUAUUGUGACCGCGAAACACUUAGGCAUUUGCUUCUCGCGGAGUCUGGAGAAAUUACUUUGCCGUUAACUCGGUGGGCUAAAGUGAUCCUCGGUAUUGCGAAAGGCUGGGACCCAUCACGAUACUUAUACGAGGAGACUUAUAACAUGAACAUAGGAUGGAUUGUGGAGUUGCUCUGUCUCCGCUGGCCCAACGCUGAUAUCUUGACCUACAUCACUCAAAAUCUCGUCCCUGGCCUCAGGAUGGCUCGGCCUGCCAUGGAAGAUACUGCAGGUGCUUUGCUGCUGUUUGAUUUGGUAUUAGAAAUGCUGAAAAUCGAAAAUGCCCGUGGACGCAAAGUCUUUGCCAUGCACCUUGUCCAUGAAGAUUCUUCCGAGGAAAACGGAUUCUUUCUGCCCAAUGAGUCGUUACAUUUUGUCAUCCAUGGUUAUACUGACGGUGGAAAGUUUUUCAAUGAUUAUGUCUCACAGUCAACUUGA